GCUUGCCCUAAUUCCAGUCUCCGAAACUCCGACUCGAUCCCAAUCGAAGCUGCUCGCCGCCACGUUCCAUCGUCGCCCUCCCUUUUCCACGGUUUCCACGUCAGUGCCCGCUCCUCGAUCACGCUUCGUCGGCCCUCCUUGCCUUCGAGAACUCCUCCUUCCUCCCUUGCCGUCACAGCUGACCGUCUGACCGUUCUUGUCGCGCCCGCCGUAAUCUCGUCAUUUCUGUCAUCGUCGCUUCUUGACAAGGAUAUCAGGCACCGAUAUACUUGAAGCAUUUAACAUUUGAGUGCUCUAAGUAUUGAAGCCCUAAUUUGUAAUCUUUAACUACAAGGUUUUAAUUCGUUGGCUUCUCAAAAUGGCCAGACAUGCAAGCCCUGAAAUAGAUGAUGAGCUUUUUAAUGAAAUCUAUGGGAAGGCAUAUACUGGUCCGGUGCAAUCAAAAGUUGAUACAACCACACAGAAAGGGGAUACAAACAAGAGGGCCCUUUCUGGUAGUCAUUCUGAUGAGGAAGAUGAACCUCGAGAUCCUAAUGCUGUGCCAACUGAUUUUACAAGUAGAGAGGCCAAGGUUUGGGAGGCUAAAGCUAAGGCAACUGAAAGAAAUUGGAAGAAAAGAAAAGAAGAAGAGAUGAUAUGCAAGAUUUGUGGGGAGUCAGGCCAUUUUACUCAGGGAUGUCCAUCAACACUUGGAGCAAGCCGUAAAUCUGCAGAGUUUUUUGAAAGAGUUCCUGCUAGAGACAAGAAUGUGAGAAUCCUUUUCUCUGAGAAGGUGAUAAAUCAAAUUGAAAUGGAUGUUGGCUGUAAGAUUAAAAUGGACGAGAAGUUUCUAUUUGUUAGUGGGAAAGACCGAUUAAUUUUAGCAAAAGGGGUAGAUGCUGUUCAUAAAACAAUUCAGGAUGGCAAGGAUAGACAGAGAAGCCCUAGUAGUUCAAACAGAAAUGAGAUUAGAUCACCUCAUGGAAGUCCAAAAUCUACACAUCUAAGACGUUCUGAAUCUCAGAGGUCUCAUUCUAGCCCUAGAAGUGCAUCACGCUUCCCAAGCAGGAGUGCCAAUCAGGAAAGGCCGGCUGAAGAACAUGUUCGUCAAGACCCACAUAAAAUAUCUAGGGGUUCUCCAAGAGCAAGAGCUUAUCCUAAUGAUGGAGGAAAAGGUCGCCAAACACACUCAAAGUCUCCUCUUCGUCCAGAUGUUGGACGGGACACAUUUAGAUCUUUUGAUGGGCGCAAUCAUUUUACUGGUUUGCAUGAAGGUAGCUGGGAUGUUGAGAGGUGGAGAACAGAUUCCCUUCCUGAGCAUAAAUAUGACUCGCAUAGUUACUCUCAAUCUUUGGAAGAUCUUGAGAAGGAAUUUAAGGAAGAGGUCAUAGAAUUGUCAAGAAUACACGCUCAAGAAGAGGAUGAAGAGAACUACAAGCACCGUGAGUGCAUAAGGCAGCUUAGAGAGGAUUACAUGAAGAAGCUGGCUGAUACAAGGACUGAGCACUUGAAACAGUGGCAGGAAUUUAUUCAAAAGCAGUCUCAAACACGACAGACUGCAUAUAGCCAACCAUCUUUGGUUGAAUAUGACCAAUCCUCCAGGAAUCUGCAGUAUGCUGGGUCUAGCUUACCCAUGGAUUCUGGAAGCAGACACCAGUACCCUGCUGAUAACUAUUCAGCUUCAAGGCCACCUGAAGGGUAUGGUGAAUUCCAGCGCCAAAGACGUGAAGAUUUUGGGAACGCAUAUGGCCGUUAUUAAUCAGUAUCGAGUCUGGCGGGUGCAUACAUGGAAAUUCAAGAAAAGGGCAGAGGGCAUUUCCCUGUAAGCAGCUGGCUCUUUACCCUAGGCAAGUAUGUUAAAGUACUUGGAUGGUUUAGAGAAACUCAGAUCUAAUGUGGUACCUAUGUUUCUAGAGAUGUGUUCGAUUUGAGUUGGAGGGUUUCUCAUUGAAAGGUGAUGAAGAUGUAUCUUGCUAGUAGGAUCAUAUUUGUAAACAUGUUUUAUCAGACACCAUUAACUACCGUGCAAUUUUAUUUGAAUCUUGGAAACAAUAAUUUUGAAUCGUUUUUUUGAGUCACAAGCCGAAAUGCUAUUUAAUAUUUGUCUCCCUAACGGAAUUAUGUUUUUGGUGCAUUUUAGGAAGUUGACUCAUUGUAAGGCGAGUUUAUUUGAGGCGAAGCAGCCGAAACAAAGGAAUUUGAAGAAUUUCGCAUUUAAGCCAAAAGUGAACAAAAGGCGCGAGGAAA